GAGACGCUGCCGUCACUUUGCUGCUCAACUUCACUCAACUUUUUUUCUCCGUCCUUCCCCCUCCUCCUUGGAUCUUUCUUUGCCACCGCCCGUCUCCUUUCAGUCCUCCUGGGUUAUGCUGGAGGCUUAGACGGAAGGCGAGGAGAAACUUCAGCGCUCUUGACUUGUUUUAGCGGAUUUCGUCCUUGUUGUCGCAAGUUCCAGAAGCACCAGUGGAGGUAAACGUGGGACGUUAAGCUGUAUCCACCAUGGGGGAUGUGAUUUCCAGUCACCUGGAUGAGGCCAAGAGGGAGAUUAUCACAGCUCGGACCGGGGAGGUGAUGGGGGAGUUUGGGCGUCUGUACGAGCAGCAGUACUCUGUGGCUCUCUUCAACAAAGUUCGCUUUGACAUCGAGGGAGGAGGCGGCCCGCAGGCCCAGCUCCUACACCGCAAGAUUCCUCUGGAGAACAAGUCCAUCUUUUCUGGAUCGCUGUUUCAGUAUCUGGAGGAGAACAAGAAAUGGAGAACCCGCUUCCUCUUUGUCCCGGACUCUUACAUCGUCAACUAUUACGACAACAAAGCGUCCCAUGACAAAGGGCUCCACCCCAAAGGAACCAUCAACUGUGCCGGCUACAAAGUGCUGACAUCUAUGGAGCAAUACCUGGAUCUGAUCAGCAACAGCCUGCCUGGUGUAAAAGCCAAGGUGGGAAGUUCACCAUUCCUCAAGUGUGCCACCCAGUUCCCCCUGAUCCUCUGGCACCCGUACGGCCGUCACUAUUACUUCUGUGUGGUGACAGAGAAGGAGCAGCAGAAGUGGCAUGCAGUCUUCCAGGACUGUGUCAGACAUGCCAACGAUGGUUUGUCGGAGGAGAAUAAGGUGCAGACGCCAGCCUUCACCGAUGCAGUGCGACUCUACCGCCAGGCUCAUGGGCACUACGGCACCUGGGACAUGAUGUGUGGCGUGCCAUCACAGAUUCUGUCCAACCUGGUGAUGGAGGGCCUCCUCCCUGAGCUGAGGGAGCUCAUCUCUCCUCGACUUAAAGGCAAGAUGCAUGAGAGGCAGAGGAACUGGAUGCUGAUCAGUGACGCGGUGUACAGCCUGGUGCAGCGCCAGUGCCAAGCGCAGUACGAGGCCGUGGUGCAGCGGUGUGAGGCGGGACGCCCCGUGCUGGAGGCCUCCAUACGAACAGACAUGGACCAGAUCAUCACCUCCAAGGAGCACGUCACCAACAAGAUCCGAGCGGUGGUCCUCCCCAAGGCAGAGAAGCUGCUGAAGGUGAGCAUCCAGCCGUACAUCAGCUCCAUCCUGGACGCCCUGAUGGAGCCGACCAGCCGAGGCUUCUCCGAGGUUCGCGACGUUUUCUUCAGGGAGCUGGUGGACAUGAGCAAGAACACACUCAACGAAGGCACCAAGGAGACCGUGGCGGAGCACAUGGAGAAGAUCUCCAUGUUGGCCUUCCACCCGGUGAAGAUGCAGAGCUGCUAUGAGAAGGUGGAGCAGCUCAGCCUGGAGGGGCUGCAGCAGAGGUUUGACGUCUCCAGCCCCUCGGUGUUUGUCCAGAGGGCCCAGAUCCUCAUGAGAGAGCAAAUGGAUGAUGCAGUGUAUACAUUUGAGCAGAUCCUCCACCAGAGUCUGGAGUCUCAGGGAACAGAGGGGCUCUGUAAGACCAUCCAGCGCUGCCAGGAUCGCGUCAUCAAGAAAUUUGACUAUGACAGCAGCACAGUAAGGAAGCGUUUCUUCCGCGAGGCUCUCCUCCAGAUCUUCAUCCCAUACAUGCUGAAGCAGCUCAGCCCCUCCUGCGCCUCGGAGCUGCCGCGCUUCCAGGAGCUGAUCUUUGAGGACUUUUCCCGCUUCAUCCUGGUGGAGAACAUCUUUGAGGAGGUGGUGCUGCACUCUGUGAUGAAGGACAUCAUGAUGGCUGUGAAGGAGGCCGCGGUCCAGAGGAGGCACAACCUGUACAGGGACAGCAUCGUGCUCACCAACAGCGACCCCAACCUGCACCUCCUAGGGGAAAACCCCUCCAUCGACUGGGCCGGGGAGUACGGAGCUCCCGAGGAGGCGGACGGGGCCGAGGAGGACGGUGAGAGCGAGGAGUCCCAGAAGAGGCGGAGGAUGAAGCAGGUGGUGUCCAUGAUCCAGGUGGAGGGCUCCCCAGUCCUGCCAGGCGAGUCGUGCAUGGAGGUUCCCGGUGUGGACGGCAUCCCCGAGGAGGAUGGGGAGGAGGAAGAGGAGGAGGAGGAGGACGCUACAGCUUCCCAGUCAGACAAGCCAACCGAAACCCAGAACGGAGCCAGCCCUGCCAAAACACAGGAGAACCCCCUGACCCUGACGAACGGCUCUGUCCCGAAGGAGGUGGAGGCCAAGCCAGAGGAGCAGGAGAAAGAAGUCCCAUCAGCGGCUGAAUCUGCUGCAGAAAACUCCUCAAGCACACCGAGCACCACAGAGGAGGCAGAUAACACCGUGCAGGGAGAGGACAGCCAGCCGGCGGUGGUGGAGGAGGAGGAGGAGCACGCCGCAGAGGAGCAGCUGCCGCCGCCGCCUGUGGACCAGGAGGUGACGACAGCUUCAGAGGAGGUGUCACUGCCUCCGCCGCCUCCUGAGGAGAUCCACGCCGAAGCCGCAGAAACGGAGCAGGAGCCCGCGUCCGUGCCAGAGAGCCAAGCAGAGGCCACGAAAGACUUCCCCCCGCCUCCUCCACAUGACGACAGCGGCUUCCAGUCCCCCACCAACGAGGAGGUGGAGGCGGAGGAGGAAGCGGCAGAGGCUCCGCAGACCGCAGAGGGGCACCCGGAGGUAGCGGAGGCAAGUGUUGCCAUGGCGCCCGAGACAGAACCAAAAGCCAGUGACUCUGAGAUCGAAGGCCACUGAAGAAAUGAGCAGCCUUUCGCCUUUUUUUUUUUCCCUUCUUUUUUUCUGCUUUGACAAAGAUGGAAACACGCUUCAUAGCAUUGCAUCCAUAGGAGUUAUCAGUUUCCAUACCUUAAUAAUCACUCAGCACAUUUUGGCACACACUAUGACCCUUUAUUUUCACCGAGCAGGGCUCAGGUGCUAUUGUCUUUUCUUUUUUUCUAAUAUUUUUUGUGCAUAUUUUUGACAAACGUUGGCCUUCAUUUACAUUCCAUCAAACAGAACAGCUUUAGCUAUGCAGUCAGUGUGUCAGUCCACAAAAUUAUGAAUUGUUUUUUGUAUUCACUCGGUGAGAAAUGAGCACAGUGGACGACCUUGUGUCCCUAGUGGUGUAUUGUAAAUAUGUGGUAAGUUAAAGGAGCAUCCCAGCUGAGGUGCCGUUUGGUGAAAUACAUGUAACUGACCUGAUUAGCUCUAAGUUGGUGCGUCUGGCUUGUUUAACUACUGUAUGACCUUCAGCGACCUGAUUGUGCUCAUGCUUGGUGUAAAUACGUAUUGGAACCUCAGCAAGUGGUGAUCGGUAGCUCAAACCAAGUGACAACAAAGAAACAUUGAUGCUUUCAUGGUGUUAUUGUGCCAUUUAUUGUCUAAAGCAUACACUUUCAUCUCCCAAAAAAUAACAAUAAAUAAAUUGUUAUUCAAAACAACUUUGUCCAGUCAGAAUUAGACUUUGUAGGAAAAUGUAAAGCAAACAAGAAAGCGGCAAAGUCUCAAAAGUUUAAGAGAUAUUUUUUCAUUUCUAUAUUAUGUAUCUCAAUUAUGACAAUCUGUCAAAUGUCUUGAUGCACUUCGGGAUCAAGAGUUGACAAUUUCUUGUGUACUAUUGGGAAUAACACUACUUUAGAUUAGUUUGUUUUUUCCCUAAACAAAGAAAGCUUUUGUGUAUAUUAUGUAUAAAUGCUACUAUGGGCCUGUGAAGUCAUGGUCCCUUUUACUACCAGUCAUUUUACAUAGUUUUAUAUUGUUUCAUCAGUGCCUUAGUUGACACCCCCCUUUCCCAUUUAUUUAUUUUUUGCACUCAACAAUUUGUCCCUACCCCCUUCCCCUUUUCGACAAGUGUACUUUUAGAUUCAUUUUACUCUAUGUUGUGUGACACAAAUGACUUAUUGAUAAUAAAUCAUUAUCGAUUAAAUGUA